GCGGCCGCGGGGUGGCUGCCGCGGGCGGUCGGGCGGGAGGAAGGCGGGGGGAAGAAGAGGUGGCGGCUCGCCCGGCUGCUCGCUCCUCGGUCCGGCGGUUCCGCGGCGCUGCCCGUGCAGCUCAGCCGGCACCGGAGCGCAUGGGAAGGCGGCGCUGAGUGGGCUGCCCUCCGCGGGGUUGGCGGGCACGGGCAGCGGCGCCGCGGGAGAGCGAUGCCCCUCGCUUUCCUGCCCGCGCUGCCCUUCCUCCUCCACCUCCUCCUCUCGUCUUCGAAGCUUUUGUUUUCCGCGGCCGCCUCGACGGCAGGAAACUUCCCGGAGGGAUGGGCUCCGUCCGGGCUCGUGCUGCGCGGGGCUCUGCGGGGUGCCGGCCACGCUGCGAGGUUAUUUGGAAAAGGAAUGAUUUGCUGAGCAGAACAGCACAAGAUGACUUAUGAUUCCUAUUCUUCAUGGAAGCCUGUCUGGAUUCAUGUGCUUUUUUUUUCCUGUUGUCAAAAUUGAUGGAAGUACAGACAUGAAUUUAAGAGCUUUGAUGCUUUCAGAUGUUUAAUUCAGAUUUGGUAAAUGACAUGGAAUAAGAUGCUGCCUGAACAAGCUGAAAUGCCUUGAAGACCUUUGGUUCUGCUUUCAUUCUUCCUUGAAGCAAUGGUUUUCUCAGCAAUGUUGACACCAACCAAUUCUGGGACCUCAAAUGCUACUUUUAUUGUUUAUGAAAAUGCCUACACGAAUUUUACCACUCCCCAGAUCUUACUUCGUAGUGGCACAACACAGCCAUUGAGAUAUAGUUCAGGUGCUGUGCUCACCAACGAGAGAAGUACCUUUCUGGUAAACACUACACCUGUCCUGCCAUCACAAGAAGUUUUCAGGAGCUUGAGUUUGCCACUCCAGAUCAUACUUUCUGCUGCUAUGAUAUUUAUCGUGUUGGUUUCUUUCCUUGGAAACUUUGUUGUAUGCCUCAUGGUCUACCAGAAGGCAGCUAUGCGAUCUGCAAUUAACAUUCUCUUAGCAAGCCUGGCUUUUGCAGACAUGCUGCUGGCAGUGCUGAACAUGCCUUUUGCUCUCAUAACAAUCAUUACCACUCGCUGGAUUUUUGGGGAUAUAUUUUGCAGAGUCUCAGCCAUGUUUUUUUGGCUUUUUGUCAUAGAGGGGGUAGCAAUUCUUCUUAUCAUUAGCAUUGACCGAUUUCUUAUUAUAGUUCAGAGGCAAGAUAAACUGACACCUUAUCGUGCGAAGAUUCUUAUUGUGAUUUCCUGGGCAGCAUCCUUUGUUGUUGCUUUUCCAUUAUCAGUAGGUAAUCCUAAUCUGCAGAUACCCUCGAGAGCACCUCAGUGUGUUUUUGGCUACUCUACUAGCCCAGGCUACCAAGCGUACGUGAUAAUUAUCUUGCUAAUUUCUUUUUUUAUUCCAUUCCUGGUAAUGCUGUAUUCUUUUAUGGGCAUACUCAACACCGUUCGCCACAAUGCGGUUCGUAUCCAUAGCCACCCUGACAGCAUAUGCCUCAGCCAGGCCAGCAAACUUGGUCUCAUGAGCUUACAGAGACCCUUUCAGAUGAAUAUUGAUAUGAGCUUUAAAACUCGUGCCUUCACAACCAUCUUGAUUUUGUUCCUUGUCUUCAUAGUGUGUUGGGCGCCCUUCACCACUUACAGCCUUAUUGCCACAUUCAACAGCCACUUCUACUACAAGCACAACUUUUUUGAGAUAAGCACUUGGCUCCUCUGGCUCUGCUACCUCAAGUCUGCACUGAACCCACUGAUUUACUACUGGAGGAUUAAGAAGUUUCAUGAUGCAUGCUUAGACUUGAUGCCUAAAUACUUCAAGUUUUUGCCACAGCUACCUGGCCAUACAAGGCGGCGCAUUCGACCCAGUGCCAUCUAUGUGUGUGGAGAACAUCGGUCAGUAGUGUAAAGCUGCAGCUGUAGGACAAUGAUUGUUAUUGUUUGGGAUUAUUUGUUUUCAGGCUUUUUGUUUCGUUGUAUAUGGCUUCUUCAAUGUGGCCAUAUCUUAUAACUUGAUAAAAUUUUCCAGUACUCUGUGCAAUUCUGGGAGGAAAGGUGGAAGGAAGGUAAUUGGUUAUAGCUGGGUUUACUACCAGAAUACAAUGUAAAGAAAAUAACAAAUGUUACCUCUGGGAUUCCAUGGAAAUCCAUUCUUUUAAACAAAAAUUGCAUUUGUAACAUUUUGUCAGGUUUAUGCUUACUAGGCCUGCAGUUGCAUCUAAUUGUAGGGAUUUUUUUAUGCUGCUAAGAUACAGUAUAUUUAGUUGGUGUAAUUUUUCUGAAAAAUGUUGCUGCUGUCUGCCAAUACAUUGGAGCCAAAAAGUCUCAUUAAAUAACUUCUAUUUAAUUUUAACAAUAUUUCAGAGGUUUUGAUGUUGAUGUUAUAAAACGUUUUUCUUUUUUAAUAUUUCCAUUAAUAUUUUUGUGCACUUUAAAAAAAAAUGCUAUAGAUUUUUUUCAUUGGAAUGUUUUGUUCUGUAUUGAAGGGGUGUUAUUGUUACUAUUUGUUACAUUGGUGAAUUUCAGUGAAAAUCCCAUGUAAGCUCUAGGAGGGCAGUUUGUGUUGUAGCUACAAUUACAGUCAUAGAUUUGCUUUUUUUUUUUCUAACAAUUGUUCAAAAGUAACAACUGCACAGUUCUUGGGGGGGCUGGGAGUGGAAGAGGAAAGAGAGGGAGAGAAAGGAGUGAAAAUGUCAUAUCCUGAGGUUUAGGCUGACGCAAGAUUUAAUAAAAAAGGAGUUCAUUUGAAAAUUGUUUGAGGGGAAAGGGGUAGCUUUAGUUACUUUAGGUUGUUAGAAGCUAUCCAAACCUAAUGAUAUGCCUGAAAAGCUAUCAGGAAUUAUGACUUUGUGCUCACAGUUCACACUGUGUUGAUGUAACACUUUCUCUGCAUGAAACUCAUAUAAGGCUAGGUAUGCUCCAUAUGGCUGAGGUCUUGCUGUCAGGUUAUGCAGAUAGACUUAGGGAUAGCACAAACCAUACCUGAGGCUAGGACCUAGUCUGUAUAGAAGGGAAGAAAAUCCUAAUUGCUUGUUUUCCAAUUUAAGUAUCGGACUGAAACCUAAUAAUAAUGAAUAACUGUUGACCAGCAAAUUUUGCUAUGGCUAGAAUUAAAUUCCCGUUUUCCCAGUGAGGCUACGUUACAUUGAUUUUUUCUUUUCCCCUUUCCUUCUGCUGCCUCUGUAUUGUUCUCAUGCAUAGGCAUCAGUUUUUCUCCCUGAAAUGCCAAACCAUGAUUCUGAUUAGUGUCAGGCUGCCUUGGUACCUGCCUGGAAAGUAGAAAGACAAAUGUUUUCCUUGAUAAUAGCAAUCUAGGCUCGCAUUCUUUUUUCAAUCAGCUAAAUAAAUACUUAAUGAGGGGCAAGUAAAAUCAAGACUUAGGUUUGGGCUUUGAAGUGAGAUUUGCCAGUUGCUCUGAGCAGAUGCAUGAAGAACUUGUGUGUUCUUGUACCUGAGGAGCAAAUAGCAAUUUUAUCUGUUGUUACGUAAGUAUUGAAAUAACUGCAUGAACGAAAUGCCCUGUACUGCUAUCCAGGGACUGCUUGCUUCCAGAGGCCAGCUAAACAUUUAUAGCAUGGGUUCUGUUUUUCUUCAGUCAAGAACUAAUUUAACAAUGAUCUCCAUUCCCCUCAUUGAUAACUAUUGGCAAAACUGGUGGCAGUUUUUACAUUCUAGGAGACUAAAAAGAAUCAUUCUGAAUUCUAGUUUUUUUUUUUUCAUUAAAAAAAAAUAAUAAGCGCGUUAAUGCACUGCAAGUAGAGGUUGUGUUUUGUAAAGGAAUCCAGGUGGCAGUGAUGUUAUUGAUGUCUGCUUUGUAUUUUUUUGUCUACUAACUGAUGAUACAGAUUUUUCUGAUCAAAAUGAUAGUAAAGGAUUUCCACCGUAAAACUGUACAAGAAUGUUUUAUUAUGUCCUCACAUUAUAGCUUUUAUUUCUCAAUUACAUUUACACUGAUAGCAAAAGUUGACCUGGUUUGUAGGGAUUUUCUGUUUCUGUCAUCCCUGUUAUCUCUGUAAGCAGCAAAAUUGUGCUUAGAGCUAAUGUAAUACAGUGAGAGUAUGCACUGUCUAAAGUGGCAGGGACAAGUAUUUUUUGCUGUCUUCCAGAGCUUAUAAUGUGAGGCUUGAAUGAAUAUUCUAAAAUAUACUAGUUCAAGAACAAAACAAGGUUGAGUAAUACCAGAAAGUUAGUGAAAGGACUUUCUUGAAGAACAUGUUGUGGUGGGAUUUCAUAAUCUCUGAUAAGUACUUGCUGUGAAUUAGAAAUUUCAAACAUCAAAGAAUGUUAAUUGUUCUGAAUAACCUAGUGUUUGUUUAUUCCUACUGUACCAGGGUUUCUGCUCAAAGCUGGGUCUGCUGAUACUUGAAGAAAAGAAACCCUGAUAGUGUAGCCCAGAUUAAAAUGUGACGGAAGUGGUGAUACAGUAUCCACACUUUUAGAGAUUUUAGAGAUUUCAGAUUUUAGAGAUGAUCAAAGCAUCCAGUAAACAGAAGGGUGCUCAAGAAAAGAAACAAAGUGUCAGAGAAGUAUCCCUAGGGUAAUUAUGUUUACAGAAUCAUUUGGCCUAUUGUGUCUAAUGGUCUUUAGAGCAGUGCCUUGAUAAUUGAAGCUAAAGUCCCAGGACCGAGUGAAACACCACUUAAACUGCUCAGUCUUAUUGUCUGUGAUCUCGCCAAGUUAAGUCCGAUUUUGCUGGUGUCUGUAAUGUUAAAACACAUAUGUGCUUGCAUGAUCAGGUCUAGUGAGGCAUUUUGGUGGACUUGAUCAAGAUGGGAUUUUAAAAACUGAAAUUGGUCCUUCUUGAUUCUGCUGGGAAAUUGUAGCCUUCUUCUCCAAAAAUGAUACUUGUUACUGAACUCUAUUCUUAUGUUACAUUUUCAGAAAUAUUUGGUAUGGAGGAUUGAAAUGAAUGUAUUUUCAGUUAUGUUUUGGUUUAAUUAAUUCUGCCAAAGCAUGCUGCUUACACAAGGCUCAUUUGUAGAAAUCUGUUGCUAAAACAAUUCUUUUGUACACAGUUGUGUAUUUUUGACAUUUGUUACUCAUAUAACAAUAUGUACAUAGAGAAGAAAAUUGUUUUGCCUCUUACUGCUUUCUGUUAUUUUCUUAAUUUGUAUGCCAAAUGCUUUUUUCUUUUAAAUUUGGGCAUAUGCAUAGACAUCUGCAAGAUUUCAGUGGUCUUUCUGUAACCAUUUGAGACUUUUAAUUCUCAAAUCAUUCUCAGUACCCUCCUUGAGAGAGAUUUUGAAUUAUUUUUAAGUGAAAAAUAAACAUUAAGAGCACAAGUUUGUUGCAGUUGAAAUGGUGAGGUAUUUCUUAGGUCCAGUUUUCUGGGAGCCACUACUUUGCCAUUAUGAACUGGUUUGAUCUUUUUUUUUUGAGCAGACAUUUUCUGAUACAAAGAAACAUUGAAUUACUCUUUGUAAAGAACCUGUUAAGUGGAAUGGUAUUGUCUUUUCUGUACAUAUUACACCUGUGAACAUACCUGAGGAGGGGAAAAAAGGAAAAAAAAAACAAACAUGAACAUUCUCAAAAAAUGUGGCAAAAGUCUGUACAAUUGCUAUGAAAUUGUGCAUUCACAGACUAAGCAAAAGUUGCCUUCAGUUUAAUGCCCAGCUUCCAAUUUCAAACACCUUAUUUUGUUUGUAAAUUAAAUCACAAUAUAAGGUUGCUUUUCUGAAUUUCAGUUUAAAACAAAAUGGUUUUGUGUGUGUGUAUAAGAAAAGUUACAGAAUGUGCUCUUAUAAGAGAGUGGAGAUGUCAAUAUAUCUAAAAUAUCUGAAGUACUGUAGAGUAAAAGAGAAGCUGGAGAUGUAAGAAGAAAAUAACCUUCCAAAACGUACUGCCUGAACUGGGUGUGCUACUAUAUAGCUUGGAUGAAGUAAUAAAAAUUAUCUUACUUUGCAAUAAAUGAAACAAACAGUGGUA